AUGGCUGCCGAACAGGAUAAGACCGUUCCCGCUGCCGUCCCUGCUGAGAACCCUGUAACUCCCGAGACGCCUCUUAACAAGCUCAAUGCUCGCCUUGAGGAUAUCUUCACCAAGACACUCCACAAGGAGAUGUGGGGUGUCCAGCUCACCAACAUUGACCAUGUCCCAACAAAGGUCGUCCUGCAAAAGUUCCUCCGCGCCAACAAUGAUGACCCCGUGGCAGCUGAGAAGCAGCUCACUCAGGCCCUUGAGUGGCGCAAGAAGAUGAACCCUACCGCACUCGUUACCCAAACUUUUGACAAGAGCAAGUUUGGUGACUUGGGCUAUGUCACUGUCCACAAGGGAGAGAACGGCAAGGAGACCAUCAUCACCUGGAACGUCUACGGGGCUGUCAAGGACAACAAGGCCACCUUUGGCAAUGUAGAGGAGUUUAUCAAAUGGCGCGCCGCCAUCAUGGAGCUCAGCGUUCAGAAGCUCAAGCUUGACCAAGUCACUGAGCCAAUUCCUGAGGGGGGUGAGGAUCCUUACCAGAUGAUCCAAGUCCACGACUACCUCAAUGUUAGUUUCUUCCGCAUGGACCCCGCCGUCAAGGCCGCCAGCAAGGAGACCAUCACCGUCUUCUCAAUGGCUUACCCUGAGUUGCUCGCGCACAAGUACUUCGUCAAUGUUCCCAACAUCAUGGGAUGGGUGUUUGGCGCCAUGAAGCUCUUCCUUGCCCCUGCUACCCUCCGCAAGUUCCACCCCAUGGCCUCUGGCACUACACUGGCCACUGAGCUCAAGGGCAUCGUUUCUACUUUACCCAAGGAGUAUGGGGGUCAGGGACCAAGCGUCAAGGAGGGUAUGUCUGUCUCGUUGACUGAGGCUGGCGUGACUGAGACUGGUGAGACCAAUGCGGAACCUUCACCCACUGAAGUUCCCGAAAAAACUACUGCCACCGACUCUACCACUGCCGAAAAGACUGCCGUCGCUCCCGAGUCAGCUCCCGCUACUGAGAAGCCACUAACUGUUGAGCCUGUUGUGGCCGCCGCGGCUCCUGCCCCUGCUUCCGCUCCUGCUGCAGAGGCUGUUCCAGCCCCGAUUCCUGCUCCUGUAGAGGCAGCCAAGGCCGAGACUGCAGAGCAGGCUGCGGAGCAAGCUGGAGAGAAGCCCAUCGAGGAGGCUCUGGAGAAGCUCUCCGUCGACCCAGCUGAGUCUGAGAAGAAGGAUACUCUUGCUACUGAUGUUGAGAAGAAGGAGACGGCUGCCUAA